AAUUCCACUAAUUAUACAAAUAAGUUCUUCUCAUUCAUGGUAUUCAUGCUUUCAAGAUAAUAUUAAACAUGAAGUACCGUUUGGCUCAUUUAUCCACCAUCACCACCAUCACCUCCGUUCUUUCAUCUCGAAUCUUCACCAUCCCCUUGCUGAGCAUCUCAUCAUCAUCACAGCCUCCACCUUCAUCACCGGUAAUCACCAAAGCAGAAGGAUUCGGCAGCUACCAGAAAUGGGGAGAAGAUGAAGCAGAUUUAACCGGUAAUCACGGAAGCGAAGCAUUCACUAAAUCUCCAACCCACAAGCGACAGGUUGAGGAAGACGUUCGCGGCGUGCGGCGUGUGGCGUUCAUCAUUCGUGAUGAAGAAGGAGAACAUAAAUAGAUCUGCAAUCUGAAAUCUAUUGUUUUUUUUCUUUUUAGUUUGAACCUAGGUGUACCGGUGAUAUUUCGGUGUGUCGGUCGGUACAUCGAAUUUUGACCGAAACGGUCGAAUUUUGACCGAAAUAAAAUUUGAUAUUGUAC